AUGGCGACAUUCGCUCCUCCAGCCCGCCGGGGUGAUUUCCUUUACUCGUCUGUCCUCUACGCAGACCCUGGAAACGGAAACUACCACGGGCGCGCGAGUGUCGCCGAACUAGCGGCUCUCCUCCGCCCGGAAGCCCCUAAUCUCUACAGCAAGGGCCGAAAGCCUGAGGUCGCGACACGAGCAAAGGAUCAGGUGUGGCAUUUCUACUCCGCCCAACUCAUUCACUAUAGACUACCGGUUACCAAGGACAAGAACGCGGCGAAAGUGCGACUUCUGAAUGCUAUGAACCAGUUCAGCCUUGAGGUACCAGCCUGGGUUCUGAGGAUUGAGAGCGAACUCAAGGCGGAAUGGGAGGCGGAGAACCGCAAGCUGAAGAAGGGUGGUGGUAUGGUUAGCAAGAAGGCGCCCAACCCGAGUGUUGCUCGCGAGUCAGGUCUUGGAAGCUCUCAGGGUGCAGCUGGCGGUGUUAAUGUUACUGAAGUAUCAAUUAGCCAGUACAUGGACGCGCAACAGGCGAGCAACAACACCCCUAGGAAGCCACCACCUACCAAACGCAAGCGUGCUGGCAGCGAUGUCUUCAGCCCGGUAGCGACACCGCAGAAAGCAGCAAAGGUCAAGAAAGAGCCAACGCCAAAGAAAGCACUCAUCAAGAAGGAACCGACCGCCAAGCGAUCUGUUCCCAACAUCAAGCAAGAGAACCGCGUCUCUGCGCCGCCAUCGACUCCCUCACGGUCCCGCAUCAAGCAAGAGCACUACCAGUACAGCCCCAAACCAAUAUACUCAUCGCCCUACCUUAAACCUGACCCCUACCCAAACUAUUGCCAACCCUCUCCCUCCCUCUCCCUCAGUGGUACAUACUCCAUCUCCUGCGAAACCGCCAGCUCUACCUUCAAUGACUACGACCUUAAUCUCACACUCGCCCGCGACCCCUCUCGCGGUAUGUGGUGGGCGACAUUCCGCUGGGGCGCCUGGGACGGUAUUAUCCAGGUGAACCCCGGCCCCGGCGACUCCGAUAGUUUGGGUCAGCCCUGUUCGCUUAACUGGCGUCUUCGCGAUCUCGAGACUGGACGGUUGACGUUUGGUCGGAAGUGUACGGGUUAUAUGACGUUCUCUGGUGAUGAGUCGGUGGAGGGGUGUUUGUAUGAGGUGCCAGGCGUGGGCUCAUUGGUGUUUGAGGGUAUGAGGGUUUCUGGUGGGAGCUUAGAGGAUGACCUUAAGGGGGAGUGGGAUGGGUUCGUUGCGGAGGCGUAUCGGCGUUGA